AUGCCGUGGCUGUCGAUUCAUUUGCCGCUGUCGUGCCUUGGCGUCAUCCUGUACCCGGAAGGUCGAGAUAGCUUUGAGCUCGUGGGCCACGCUGCCUUCGGGGAUGUCAGUCAAAAGGUGCUCCUGCAAUUCAUGACUGCGAUAUGCUCAGAGGGCAUGUGGGAUAGAUACUUCCUACUGCAGGGAAGGGGGCGACGAUCGCUUGGCACUGAGCUUGUAGAAUGGGCGUCACUUUGGACUGAUGCUACCGCGCUGGCACUCCCAUACCUUGCGGAGGGCCUGGUCUUCAUGAUCUGCUGGCUCACAAAGAUUGCCUACUUCGUCCUGUUGACAGACCUCCUGGUGCCAGUAGCGGAGCUCGCCGCACCGAGCUUGAAGACUUCCUACACACCCGAGACGACUAGACGGAUCGUGGUUUGCAUUGCCGCCCUGUUCCUGUCGCCUAUGUGCUUCAAGAGCAGCCUCUCCGCCUUGCGCUUCAUGUGCUUCGCUAGCGUCUCCAGCGUGGUGGUCGUGGGCGCCGUGGUUGGCUACAGGGCCUUUGAGAACCUGGGGCACGAGCAUUCCAUCCAGGCGGCUUAG